GGAAAGGUGAGUGCCCACCAGAGUGGUGUGUGGCAAGCCCACAUGUGAAAGAAAAGAAGAGCGUCAUCCACUUUCUUAUUCUGGAACUCCUUCGAUUCAACCCUUUCUAAGCUAAAUUUCUCACCACUCCUUUUAUGCCAUCUCAAUCUCAUCAUCCAAUUCCAAUUUUUCACUCUCUCAACAACACCCACUGAACACCGCCUUCCGCCUUCCGCUUCAUUCACCAACUUUCUUUCCGAUCACUUCCGCUCCCUUCUCCAUUUGCCUCCCUCCAUGCUGUGAGCUUCAUCCGCCGCGAUUCCGUUUUCCUUCAAUGGAGUGGGACAGUGAUUCUGAUCUCAGUGGAGACGACGACGCUUCCUUUAUGCUCAACGAUGAUGACGAUAUCGCUGGACCCCUCCCCUUCCCCGUUCUCCAGACCGCGCCCUGCGGCUUCGUCGUCACCGACGCGCUUGAGCCCGACCACCCUAUCAUAUACGUCAACGCCGUUUUCGAGAUGGUCACCGGUUAUAGUGCAGAAGAAGUGCUCGGUCGCAAUUGCCGUUUCUUGCAGUGCCGAGGUCCAUUUGCUAAGAGAAGGCAUCCAUUGGUGGACUCAACUGUUGUUUCCGAAAUUAGAAGAUGCCUUGACGAAGGGGUUGAAUUCCAAGGUGAGUUGCUGAACUUUAGGAAAGAUGGAUCUCCACUUAUGAACAGAUUGCGUCUGACACCUAUAUAUGGAGAUGAUGAGAUAACUCAUGUCAUUGGAAUCCAGUUCUUCACAGAGGCAAACAUUGAUCUUGGUCCCCUNUAUCUUAGACUUUUCUACAAUAUUCUAGAACUUUGUGCUGUUGGUAAUAGAGUUGUCCUAUUUGGUGGUGAAGGGGUUAACAUGCAACCUAUGAAUGAUACUUUUGUACUGGAUCUGAAUUCAAGUAAUCCGGAGUGGCAACAUGUCCAGGUGAGUUCUCCUCCCCCUGGUCGGUGGGGCCACACACUUUCUUGUGUUAAUGGUUCUAAUUUAGUUGUAUUUGGAGGCUGUGGAAGGCAGGGCUUGCUCAAUGAUGUGUUUGUUCUGGACCUGGAUGCAAAGCCUCCAACAUGGCGUGAAAUCUCUGGACUGGCACCUCCACUUCCGAGAUCUUGGCAUAGCUCCUGUACACUUGAUGGUACUAAGUUGAUAGUUUCUGGUGGCUGUGCUGAUUCUGGUGUACUCUUGAGCGAUACUUUCCUCCUUGAUCUCUCAAUGGAGAAACCUGUCUGGAGGGAGAUACCAGUAACAUGGACUCCACCUUCGCGCCUGGGUCACACACUAUCCGUUUAUGGUGGUAGGAAAAUACUGAUGUUUGGGGGUCUGGCCAAGAGUGGGCCCCUUCGGUUUCGCUCCAGUGAUGUAUUCACGAUGGAUUUAAGUGAGGAGGAGCCAUGUUGGAGGUCUGUAACGGGGAGUGGAAUGCCAGGUGCUGGAAAUCCAGGAGGCAUAGCUCCCCCUCCUAGACUUGAUCAUGUGGCUGUGAGCCUUCCAGGUGGGAGAAUUCUGAUAUUUGGUGGGUCUGUUGCAGGCCUUCAUUCUGCUUCCCAGCUUUACAUACUAGACCCGACUGACGAGAAGCCUACUUGGAGAAUCCUAAAUGUACCUGGGCGGCCUCCAAGAUUUGCCUGGGGACAUAGUACAUGUGUUGUUGGAGGGACAAGAGCUAUUGUACUAGGUGGUCAAACUGGGGAGGAAUGGAUGCUAAGUGAUCUCCAUGAACUUUCCUUGGCAUGCUCUGUUAUCUAAAUCCAGUUAAUAAACCGGAAUGGUAUACGGAGGGUAAUGUUGAUCAUGAAAUCAUUUUAAGGCUGUAAAGGUUUGUGUUGGUCACUGAUAACACUUAACAAGUUCUUGGCCGGUCAGAACAUUUGUGUAUUAGGUCGAUUCAAGGUUUCAUUUUAUUUUAAGGUUAGUUCUGACCUGAGAACUUUUCAUUGAGUGACACAUACCAUGCCUGGUUUUACGUGGUUGAGACUUUGCCUUCCAGUAUACACUAUGAGUUAUUCUUCCUGAAUAGAUUAUUAGUGUCUGGUAACUAGUAGGUAAUAAUAUAUUUGGGUUGUAGCUCACUUGAUUUCCCUGUCGGUUGCUUUGUUCAAAUUAUGUAAUUUGAACAAUGACAACGUUUAGAAAAAAAAAACUCAUGUUUAUACUAAUACAAUAGGUCCAUUAUAUGUAAUGAAAGUCUCUACUUCUGCAUUGAACAAGUCAGCUGACAUGGUCAUACAUUGGUUGUAAUGAAGUGUAACUCUGCAAACAGGUGUACAAGGUAGGGAAUCCUGUAGUCUGUACAUAUUUUCCUUUAUUUUGUGAUAAUAUGGAAUGUGGUAACCUUUGUAUGGUUUA